UCAGGUUCCCCGGGCUCCUCCAGCCGCUGCCCUCCUCCGGUCCCUCCCCCUGCCACCCACACUUCCCCGAUAAGGGGCCGAGCAUUGGCCUGUGUUUGCUCCAGGCACGGCAAGCAUGGGGCUCCUGGGACGACUGGACUGCCGCUACUCCUUCCUGGGCUUCCUCCUCCUGUUCCCCUCGGCUACCUCCUUCUGGCUCCUCAACGUCCUCUUUCCCCCAAGCGCCACCCCCAAGGCUGCCCUCAACAACCACACGAGACCCGUAGUGCUUGUGCCUGGCUGCUUGGGGAACCAACUGGAAGCCAAGCUGGACAAGCCAAAUGUGGUCAACUGGCUGUGCUACCGGAAGACAGAUGACUUCUUCACCAUCUGGUUUGACCUCAACAUGUUCCUGCCCCUCGGGGUUGACUGUUGGAUUGACAACACUAGGGUGGUCUACAACAGGACCACAGGACAAAUGUCCAAUGCCCCAGGUGUGCAGAUUCGGGUCCCGGGCUUUGGCAAAACCUUCUCCGUGGAGUAUCUGGACCCCAACAAGCUGGCAGGCUACAUGCACACACUAGUCCAAAAUCUUGUCAACAAUGGCUACGUGCGGGAUGAGACGGUCAGGGCUGCACCUUACGAUUGGAGACUGGACCCCACUCAGCAGGAAGAAUAUUUUAAGAAGCUGGAAGGGCUAGUGGAGGAGAUGUACACCGCCUACGGGAAGCCCAUUUUCCUCAUUGGACACAGCCUGGGCAACCUUCAUCUGCUCUACUUCCUUCUGCGGCAGCCUCAGGCCUGGAAGGACCGAUUCAUUGACGGCUUUAUUGCGCUGGGGGCCCCUUGGGCUGGCUCCAUCAAACCUAUGAAGGUCCUAGCUUCCGGUGACAACCAGGGCAUCCCGGUCAUGUCAAACAUCAAACUGCGAGAGGAACAGCGGAGGACCACUGCCUCCCCGUGGAUGUUCCCUUCCCGCCUCGCUUGGCCCGACGACCAUGUCUUCUUCUCCACACCUAACAUUAAUUACACCUUUCAGAACUUUCAGCGCUUUUUUGCCGACCUGCACUUUGAAGAUGGCUGGUACAUGUGGCUACAAACACGUGACCUGCUGGCGGGGCUGCCCGCACCAGGCGUGGAGGUCUAUUGCCUCUACGGUGUGGGGCUGCCGACACCCCACACCUACAUCUACGACGAGGGUUUCCCUUACAAUGACCCUGUGUCUGUUCUGUAUGAAGACGGUGAUGAUACUGUGGCCACCCGCAGCAUGGAGCUCUGCUCUCGCUGGCGUGACCAGCAGCCCCAGCCGGUCCACGUGUUUCCAGUCCCCGGCCUGCAACAUCUCAACAUGGUCUUCAACAACCAGACACUGGACUACAUCAACUCCAUCUUGUUGGGAACCUAUCGGCAAAGGCCACCAAGGACUCCCACUCAGACCCUGCCCCCUCCAAGGACUCCCACUUGGCUUCGACUCCCAGAAACAGAAAAGGUCACAGACCACACGUGAGGGGCCAGUAGUCUACUCCAGGUGGCCAAAAGGGCCGACGGCACCACAUCCGUUUAAAACUUGGCUCUGCUCCUGACUUUGGGCCCCUCCUGCUACAGCUCUGCCUGGGAUCGAGGAGACAUCAGACACCAUGUAUAAAAACCUCUUCUUUGAAGCCUGACUCUGGAGUGACUAGGGAGGAAGGAGGGUCUGAUUCUCUGGAAAUGGGAGGAGAACAAUAAUAAACAUUGAUUAAGCAUGUACUGUGUGCAGAGCACUGUGAUAGGCGAUGGGGGAUGAAGGAGAGAUAGAAAGUUUAGAUAGGAAAGGAUCCCUGUGGUUUUUAUAGUCAUAGAGGGAGAAAAGACACAGACAUACCCAUAGAACAUAAUAUUACACGAUAAGUACAUUUACAUAUGUAAAACUGAGUGAUAUCUGGCUUCCAGCCCCACCACAUGAUUAGAACUGCAUGCUAUAAAGGUUGGCUGUAAUGUUCAA